CCGCCGCCGCUCGCUGACAUUCAUUAACGCGUGACCGAUUGCCUCCCAUUAGCGGCGAGAAGGCGCGUCGUGUCUUUAAAUGGACCGUGCAGUCUUAUAUGCCUCUCCUGAGAUGUGCCUCCACCUGAUUCUCAGAGAGAGAAGAAGAGAGAGAGAUUGAGGGCUGCUAGUGCAAAAGAGAGAGUGAAGAGGAGAGACUCAAGUUUGCAUCUGGCAGUCAUCUAUUUUAGGUUGACACAGUUCAUAUUUCAUAGCGGGGCUGCACACACACGGAACUCAAAUCUUCUGGAAUUGUCGCCAUCAUCACCACCACAAUGAGGCCCAAUCAGGAAAUAUUUUCCAAACAUCAGGAGAGAUUCUUGCUUUUCUUUAGUCUUUGUGUCCCCACGGUGGACGCUAUUCACUCGGACUGCGCCAUCAUUUCUCAGCACCUGAGGGCCGGCGAGACCUGCAGCCUGGCGAGGAGGAGAGAAGUUGAGAACCAGACGGCGCGCGGCGGAUGCCAGACCGAGUGGGACCAGAUUGGCUGCUGGUUGAGAGCCGAUGUAGGUCAGGUGGUCAACGUGUCGUGCUCUGACAUCUUUCAGCAAUUAUCCAGUGGCCAAGGGUUGGUUUACAGGAACUGUACAGCAGAAGGCUGGUCAGACAUUUAUCCGCCCUACCAGGAAGUUUGUGCUUUUAGUGACGACAACGGGCCGGAAUCAGAGACUAGUUACCUGUCCACCUUUAGACAGGUGUACACUGUGGGCUACGCCACCUCGCUCGUCUCCCUCAUAACAGCCAUAGUGGUGUUCACUGCUUUCAGGAAGUUUCGAUGUACCAGGAACUACAUCCACGUCAACUUGUUCUCCUCGUUCGUCCUGAGGGCCAGCGCCGUCUUCAUCAAAGACACGGUGCUGUUCGCUGACGAGACGCUGGACCACUGUUCCAUGUCCACGACGGCGUGCAAAUCGGCCGUGGCGUUCUUCCAGUUCAGCAUCCUGGCCAAUUACUUUUGGCUGCUGGUGGAGGGCAUGUAUCUGCAGACCCUGCUAGCGCUCACCUUCGUCUCCCAGAGGAAGUACUUCUGGUGGUACAUCCUGAUUGGAUGGGGCCUCCCAUCCAUUAUUCUCAUCCUUUGGGUGCUGAGCAGAUUCUUCUAUGAUGACAGAGGGUGCUGGGACGAUACGGACAAUGUUGGCAUUUGGUGGAUUAUCAAAGGACCGAUAACAGCUACGUUGCUGGUCAACAUUGUCAUCUUUAUCAACGUGAUCCGCAUCCUGGUCCAGAAGCUCAAAUCUUCUGCCAUGUCCGGAAACAAUGACACCGGACAUUUUAUAAGACUGGCUAAAUCCACGCUUUUCCUCAUCCCUCUGUUCGGGAUGCACUACACUGUGUUUGCCUUCCUGCCGGAGAACACGGGCGUGGCGGCCCGGCUCUAUAUCGAACUGGGCUUGGGGUCCUUCCAGGGCUUUGUGGUGGCUCUGCUUUACUGUUUCAUGAAUGGAGAGGUGCAGGCAGAGCUGCAGAGGUGGGUGUGGAAAUGUCACAACCAAAGUCAGCCCGCAUCAGCCAAACGAAGUAUCAGUCAGGUUAGCGUUGGAGCACGCGGCGGCGGGCUUCGGCGGCUCCCUUCCACUGGUAACAUCUCCACCGUAUGACCGUAAGCAAACACUGAAGAGACAUUUAAAUCCAUAUUUUGGGUUGUCAUAACAAGAAUGUGGAUUCUAGACUGUGCUGCACUGAGCCUUGACCAACUUCUAUGUUUAAAUUGGACCUAUAAUUUAACCUAAUGGAUUAACUCAUCUGAGUCUUUUGUAUUU